AUGUACUAUACACAGUUAUGGGAAAAUUUUCAGAAUGUCCAUUCACCAGGUUUAUUAAGACAAGUCCUAUCCUGCUACUUAUCAAGCUACAUAUCAAGAGCACAGUUCAUACCUUUAAAUUUAGUCAAGCAAUACCUUCUACUUAUAUCAGACUGGCUGCACCAGUAUAUUGAUGAGAGGUUAUCAGUAUCUCUUCAGUGUGAAGUGUCAGUCCACAGUGUCUGGUACUCAUUGUGCCAGUCAUUGUUCUAUAUCAUCAUAUUCCAUCAUCAUGACAUCAUUCAUCAUCAUAAAGAAGGUUUAUCUUUUCUGUGUAAGUUGAACAUUGACCGCAUCAUAACGUCAAAACUUAAUCCGUUAAAAGUGUGUCUUGGUUCAGUUGUUGAGCUAUUUGCAUCAAUAAUGAGUAAAUAUGAGAUUGUUUAUUGUUAUUCUGUCAUUGAGGAAAACAAACGUUGUUAUUUACCUGUUUUGACCACACCCACUAGCGGAAAUACGUCACUAGAAACCAUUUUCCCAUUUGAUCCUUAUCACCUUAAAAGGUAAACCACUAUAAUGUAGUCUCUUUAUUACAUGUACAUGUGUAACUUAAUUAUGAUUAAUGAAGGUUGGUAGUUGCAGCUGUUGUA